AUGAAUGCUCCCAAGGAGCCUAAAGUGAAGCCGCCAGCUAUUGACGCCUAUGAUUGCACGUCUGACCCUGAUGUACAUCUCUUGGCCUAUCGGCAUCAUAUGUAUGUCCAGGGAACUACUGAUGCAACUUGGUGCAAAUACUUCCCGUCCACGCUGAAAGGAGUUGCCUCAAAAUGGUUUGAGAAGUUGCCCCUGGGAACGAUCAACACUUAUGCAGAAUUAGAGAUGUUAUUUUCUGCAAGAUUUAUGGCUUAUAAAGAAGAGAAGAAGACGAGUAUGCAUUUGGGCCGAAUACCGCAAGGGAAAGAUGAAUCCUUGCGAAGUUAUGUUCGACGUUUCAAUUUGGAGUCAGGACAGAUUCCAGAUCUACCUGACGGGGUGGCCUUUGAUAAUUUCUUUAGGGGACUUAAGAAGGGGUCCUUUAAGUUCGAUUUGGUGAAGAAAAGUGUGAGAACUAUGGCCAACGCUCUGGAUGAGGCCGAGUCCUUUAUUCAUGCCACUAAAAUCUGCUCCGUCCCUAAGGAGUCUAAGGGAACAGAGACCACUGACCAUCCGCAGCGCAAGGAAAAAUCAGAUAAAAAGACCAGCCGUCCGAAUGGGACAUGGGCCAUUGAAAAGAAAGGAUAUCAGGCAAACCAGUCCCAAGGACAGAAGAGAGGACGACCCUAUGACAAAGAAAGGUUCGAGUACAACACCGACUUGUAUACGAUACUGCUAGAUGUCAGUGAUAGAUAUGAGAUUGAUCGCCCGUUUCCCAUGAAGUCGCCGGUAGAAACUCGGGACAGCUCUCUUUACUGCAAGUUCCAUUGUGAUGUAGGACAUGAAAAAAAAGAUUGCAAGAGUCUCCGUAGAGCUCUUGAUGGAUUAGCCGCUAAAGGAUUUCUGAAAUCUUAUCUCAGCUCGAGCACAGGGGGAAGUGGUAAAAAAUUCUACAAGAAAAGCAAGUCACCGUCAUACCGCCGUGAUGACAACGACACUGAUCCAGAAAUUGUGGCCGUCAUUUCAGGGGGUCUAGCCGCUGGGGGCCCAACAAUGAGAGGUCAAAAAGACUAUGCAAGCCGGUUGGGGCAGGUCAUGUUGUCUGGAAAAGCUCCAAUGGACCACUUCCCUAAAGUGGAGAUUUGUGAAUCUAACAGGGGCAAGAUCGCCACUCCUCACGACGACCCCCUGGUUAUUGAAUUGAAGGUAGUAAACCUCAAAGUAAGGCGUAUUUUAGUAGAUACGGGGAGUUUGUCAGACAUUAUCAGCACAGCUUGUCUAAAUCGUCUUGAGCAUGAUCCUAAGACAAUUGAAAAGAUAUAUUACCCGAUCAUUGGAUUCGGAGGCGGCAUAAUUCAUCCCCAAGGGAUAAUCACUCUGCCCCUACGAGUAGGAGGCCGGCAUCAGAGUAAGAACCUGAACGUCCGAUUUCUAAUUGUGAAAGACCUCACCGCUUACAAUAUCAUACCGGGGCGCCCAACUUUAAAUCAAGCCAAAGCAGUGGUCGUCACUCAUCUUAUGCUCAUGAAAUAUGUUUGUGAUAAAGGCCAAGUCGGCACUAUUCAUGGUGAUCAACAGCUAGCAAGAGAUUGUUAUCUUACUACGGUAAAUCCCGAGGCUUGGGGGAAGACUGACGAAGCACGAACAAGCUCGAAAAGAAAGCUAGACAAAAUAGAGGAGAAAGUCAAGAAAGAAACCUUCACCAUUGCCACGGCGCACAUGGAGGCAAGGCGACCUGAGCCGGUUGGUGGACAUUAUGAAAUCAUCCUCGAUGAAACACGUCCAGAUAGGACGGUGCCAGUAGGGGUCUCUCCUGACUGUUAG